GGACUCCACUUUGUUUUUUCUUCCCAUUUCUUUCUCUCCAUGCUCAUGUUCAUGUUCUUUCCUCCAAUUCCCAUCAAAUUCUUGUUUUUAUUGCUUGAUUAGAUUUGGGUUUUGGAUAAUGUGCUCGAUAAUCGCGACUGGAUAUUGCUGAUGGUAGUGGUUAGCGAGAGCAAUAGCGAUUGGUCUUUCAUCACGCGUUAAGUAAUAAAGUAGUGUCCCUUGAUUUCAGACAUACAAUGGCCCGAGGUGGUGUUUGCAAAGAUGUUAUCGAAUCUCAUCCUAAAUUUUUGAGGUAUGAUGAUAUGAUCAUAAAGACAACAUCUAGGGCAACUGAAAAGCAUUCCGUGCCUUCAAACAAUGGCGUGUACGAGCUUCUCGAAUGCCCCAUAUGCACCAAGUUAAUGUACCCUCCAAUUCAUCAGUGCCCAAAUGGUCAUACUUUGUGCUCAAACUGCAAGUUAAGAGUUCAUGACUGCUGCCCGACGUGCCAUUCUGAGCUGGGGAACAUAAGGUGUUUGGCUUUGGAGAAAGUAGCAGAAUCGUUGGAGCUUCCUUGCCGACACCAAACUCUCGGCUGCCAUGAUAUUUUCCCAUACUAUAGCAAACUGAAGCAUGAGCAAAACUGUCGAUUUCGGCCGUACAUCUGUCCUUAUGCUGGUUCCGAAUGCUCAAUCACAGGUGAUAUUCCAAAUCUUGUUGCACAUCUGAAAAACGAUCACAAUGUGGAUAUGCAUGAUGGGUGCACAUUCAACCAUAGAUAUGUCAAAUCCAACCCACAUGAAGUUGAAAAUGCGACAUGGAUGCUAACUGUAUUUAAUUGCUACGGAAAACAGUUCUGUUUGCACUUUGAAGCGUUUCAUCUGGGAAUGGCUCCGGUCUACAUAUCAUUCUUACGCUACAUGGGUGAGGACAGUGAAGCCAAGAAUUUCAGCUACUCACUGGAAGUCGGAGGGUAUGGGCGUAAAUUAACAUGGCAGGGGGUCCCACGGAGUAUCCGUGAUAGUCACCAGAAAAUCCGCGAUAGUCAAGAUGGAUUGGUGAUUCCCAGGAAGUUAGCGCUCUUUUUCUCAGGCGGAAACAGGAAAGAACUCAAAUUACGAGUUAUAGGCCGUAUAUGGAAAGAAUAGUAAGUUGAAAUAUGUAUAUGGAUUUUUCUAUUUUUGCAAACGGUUUGGUUCUCAUCUGCGAGGGAGGGCUGUUAUGGUCGUUUUCUGUGGCAUAUAUGGGUUCGAAUCUAUGAUGAGGCUCACGGGUCUCUAGAUGCGAAAACGGAAAGUUUGUAUUAUGUCGAUUUGUUUGGGUGAAA